GGUUAUCACGUGUCACCUCUCAUGGUUAAUCUUUUUUCGGGUGAGAACUUUCACAUCGAGUCUUCACGACUUUCAGACACAGUGUGUGAACCGCGGUCGCCGCGGUCCGCGAGGUCUCGGGGCCGGCCUCGCGCGGGGAGAGCCCCGGUUCCGAUACGGGGCCGUCGGCUGGCAGCGGCCGCGUCGCUGCGGGACUAGCGGUGGCGACGCACCGUUUUCUGAGCAUCCCGUUUGUGUCGUUGUGCCAAGUACUCGGUGUCUCCCCUCGCCCUCAGGAUGCCCCGCUUCACCUCCCGUCCACAGGGAGCGAGCGGAGGCAGACGAGCCGGCGCGCUCGCCCAGGACCUGCAGCGAGGAGCCCGGGCGGGUCUCGCUCGGGUCCCAGGGCCGGGCCGAGCCUUCGCCGGCGGCAGGGCGGUUCGCUCGGGGACUCAAACGGCAGAAGCACCGCCGAGGUCCGCGGCCUGGAGGCGCUUGGCCGCGGGUGGGUUCGGAAGCUGCGAGCGACCGGCCGCCGCGGGGCCGCCCCCUUUCCCGCCGGCCGUCCUCACGCUGGCGCGACGGCUGCGGCGGCUCCCGGAGCUGAGGCUCGGGCAGGAGAGGACGCGGCGCCCACGCACCCGGGGCCUGGCCACCGCGCCGUCCCGGGGCCCCGCCCUCCGCAGACCAGCCUUCCUCCCCGCUGGCCGCAGCCCGGUGAUCCGCCGCCGCCGCCGGCCACUGCCGGAGGCUCGGCUCGCGCAGGUGUUGGUUGACAGGAGGGUCAGGCGGCGCGCUCUGCGCGGGGGCUGCCGGCUCCGGGCCAGGCUCCCGGAGGACGAGAGCGCCGCGGCGGGCGGCGAGGCCUCCCCUGCCCCCCUGCACAGCCCUGCAGCCGGCCGAGAAAGCCCCGCGCGGUCGCACCCGCCGGAGGCCCGGUGGCAGCCCCACGGACGCAGCCGCCCGGAAGUGAGGUCAGCUCCCCGGGACUACAGCUCCCAGAGACCCGCGCCCUCGCCCAAGCGGAUUGGCUCGCUGCGCCAUCCAUCAGCCACCAGCCGCAGAAAGAUGGCUGCCGACGGCGCUGAGCGACCAAUCACGAGAGCGAGGAGGCGGGCGCUCCGCCGGCCGAUUCGCCGCCUGUAGACCAGGCGUGGCGGGACGCUAAAGAGUGGGUUCUUCGAAGUGGUCGGAGAGGUGACAGGCCGGCCCUCGAGAAAUGGUGACCUGGGACAGAAGCGCCCUUUUGCCCAGAAGACGCUGGUCUCCGCUGCGCUGGCCCGCAGGCACCGCGGGGCCGGACCCGCCGGGUUUCGCCUCGCCCCCCAUCGCUCAUUGGCUCCCCGGGGACACGUGGGGGGAAGGAGGCGUGGACACAGCGGUGUGGGCCGGCGGCCGGCGCCGGGUGGGAUGAGAGGCCAGCGGACUCUGGCGUGGGGCUGGAUGGACACGCUGGUGCUGGGCCGGUGGCGACGGCGGAGGGCGGAGGAGCUUCAGGUUCCGGGGGACGCGGCUCCAUCAGCCUGGAGUCUGGCGCCCGAGUAAUGCAAGCACUGUUUCCUCAGAUGUUUUGCACAGCGUAACAGGAGUGGCUAGUCUCCUUCCCUGCACAGGCGUCCUCACCCCCACUGCCUGACCAUGAGGCCAGUGUCACCUACGCCCUGUCACAGAAGCACCGCACUUCCAGGGUCCAUGUUACCAGGGCACAGGUUCAGCUUCUGCAAGGGAGGCUUCAAACCACAUUCGCUCCGACAAGGCGGAGGGUUGGGUGGAUUGGGGACCUUCAAUACAGGGCUGGGACUGGUGCUGCCCAGAUCAGAGACACCCAGGGACCCAGAUUCCUCCUGGUUCCUGCACUCCCCAGUGUUGUCCUCUUACGUGAGGUCAGCGCUGGGUCAUCACGACUGCUCACAUUCCAUAUGCUGGAAGUAAAUAGUAAAGUGACAUGAUCAUACUGACAUUUUAAGAGCUUAUUCUGGGACCUCUGGGGAGAAUGAAGGGGCUGGUGGUCAGAGUGAAGGCAGGGAGUGUCUGGAUUCCGAGAGGUGACAGGCUUGGACGGAGAUGACAGUGAGACAGUGAAUGGGCUGGCUCCCAGGUCUGUGACUGGAGCACCUGGGUGGGCAGUGGUGCUAUUACUGAGAGAAGAUUGGUGUGGAUCUGCAGGAGAAAAGGAGCUGCGCUUGGGACAGGCUGCAUUUUCCGUCUUUGGGACAUUUAACAGAGGUUACAGAAACGGGCAUGCAGGAGAGGAGAAGCGGCUGGGCCGGAGUGGGCCUGCCCCCCCACACACCUCAGCGCCCCGGUGUCCUGGAGUGGUGAGGGGCGGCCACGUGUCGGGAUUCCUCACAACGGUGGAGGGAGCUC